AUGGCCGUUGCCGUUGCUGUCACCAAGGAGCCCGCCUCCGAUCACAACAAUACCCAUGUUGAACGAAACAACCUUCGGAAAUCGAUCGAUUCUGCCGAUUCUGUCCAGAUACCUUCUCUGGCUGCCAUGACGGAGGAAGAUGCAGACGCCCAGACGCCCAAGAUGACACACGACUCCAUGGUGACCGUCCGCUUAUCUGAGCCGCCAUCAUUGACCCUCGACACAUCUUCUGCCUCUGAUUCGUCGCCGGCAUCGAGCCCAGUUGUCAGCCCCAAGUCUUCCGAGCCCGAAAUGAGAAAGGGUUCCAACAAGCACAUCAGCACCGAGACGUCCGACGUCGACAAUGGAGACAACCCCCGAGAAAGCGUUGUCGUUGUCCGGCAUUCGACGGCGGCACUACCGCGAGCCGACGCAGCGCGCAGCUUGCAAGACGAAUUGGGCCAAUGCGACGAAAACACAAGUGAUACAUCGGAGGAUCGAGAAGAGGUUAACUGGGAAGAACUAGAAAAGACUGAAGAUCAGCAAACAAAAGACGAUGAAACAGACAAUUCGACGGCACUACUUCUCGCCAGACUUGAACAGGAAAACGCAAAGUUGGCUACGAACCCCAAGACCGUCAAAGUCCAAGCCGUCGAGAAGCUCAUAGCCGCCAAAACUCGACCGCCGUCCAUGGCACAACUUCGCCAAAUGAUCAGCAGUCCGGCACCUCCUGAGCUUCGAUACUCGAUGCUGCCACCCCCUCCCAUGACCGACCUAGAAUUUUACGCCGCUUUAGUCAAAGACUACCAGCAAACCGCAGCCCGCCUCCCGACACUAUUAUCAAACAAAAUUAGAAAGGGUAUCCCGCCGCCACUCCGUGGCGUUGUGUGGGUGAGCAUGUCAGGCGCAAGAGAUGCGCAGUUGGAAGAGCAAUUCGAUCGUUUCAGUGGCGAAUCUAGUCCCUACGAGCUCCUGAUUGGCAAAGAUCUUGGCCGCAGUUUUCCAGGAGUCGACAUGUUUCGCGACCCAGAGGGCGACGGACAACGCAUGCUCGGCAACGUUCUUAAAGCCUUUAGUCUUUAUGACACCAAGAUUGGAUAUUGCCAGGGCCUAGCAUUCCUCGUUGGUCCGCUGCUCAUGCAUAUGCCGGACAAGCAGGCCUUCUGCGUCCUAGUUCGACUCAUGGAGCGAUACGACCUAAGAGCAUGCUUUCUUCCUGACUUAUCGGGAUUACAUGUGCGCAUCUAUCAGUUCCGAGAACUCCUGCGAAAUAACUUUCCAGCUCUCUCUGCGCAUCUAGAGGAGCUGCAAGUAGAAACAGCGUAUGUGUCUCAAUGGUUCCUCAGCUUCUUCGCAGUCACCAGCCCGCUCCCCAUGCUUUUCCGCAUAUAUGAUGUUAUUUUUGCGGAGGGGGCGUCUGAAACUCUAAUGCGCGUUGCGCUUUCGCUGAUGCGCAAGAAUGAGUCCCGCUUGCUGGCCUGCUCUGAGUUGGAAGAUGUAAUGCAGCUCUUGCUAUCCCGUGGUCUCUGGGACUGCUACCACUACGAUGCAGACGAAUUUGUCCAAGACUUUGCAAGCUUAACCGCAAUUGUCACUCGCGAAAAGCUGGCACAACUUGAACAGGCUUACCGAGAGUCACUAAUCGCUACUGCCAACGCUGCUCGUACCUCUGACAUUACGACAGCUGCUAGCCGUUUCCUGGGACGAAUCUGGGCAAACUCUAACCUCAAGACUGCGACGUUGGCUCCUGGACUUAGUGCGCCGGGUAAACAGUUCAAUAUCUUGAGACGUAGCACGUCGAAGCAGAGUCUUGCAUCCACUCUCAACUCUGUGGAAGCAAGCUCUGCAAGCGUUAGCAGCUCUACCUCUACAGAUGGGACCAGCUUGUCACGAGAUUCUGCCAACCCCGAAGAUGUAUCCUCUAGUCGAGAAUCCACGCCGGUGGGACCGAAAGCUGCGGCCAGCUCAAAGACGACCGAGGACCGAUAUCUACAUAGCCAGAUCGAAGAUCUACUAACAGCUCUUACUGAGCUGCAGCGCAGCAAUGCGCUCGUGACGAACCAGCUGCAGCGCGAACGCGAAGAACGGGACGAAGAUCGUCGAGCUGUUCGCUCUUUACUCGACGGUCUGCGGCGGCGAGCGGGCAAUUCGGAGCCAGAGGAUGCCGAAGCCAUGCCGCGAAGUCUCCGGGACUCUGCGAUUGCCGAAGAUAUUGAAGACGAUGAAAAUGAAGAGCAUGACGCUGCUGAGGAAAGCGAUGACACAGCUACAGCCGACGGCAAGAGUGUCAAGGACGAAGCUUCUGUGAACGAUGUGGAAGAGGAUGAUGCGGCAAUGCCAAUGGCAGACGAGGAGCAAAGACCAUCGGGGCAUGAAGAGACCUUAGCAGCGCUCGAAGAACCUGCCGGGCCGCCUUCGACAGAAGAUCUCUCGGUGCUCCUGGAUCGAGUAGAAACAAGAUUUGCGGCGGAAAGUAACAGCAUGAAGCACCGAUCAUCGAUGCUCUUGACAAAAUCUCAAUUGCGAGAGGAACUGUCUCAAGCGAAGUCGGAGCUAAAUGCUGUGACAGCGCAAUGCCAGGAUCUCAACCGCCGUGUAUAUGAUAUGGACCAAGAGAUGGCUGCGACAAAGGAUCAGCUGAAAGAUCGCCAUAGCCAUGUGCGAACGCUUCAUUUGGAGAAGCAAAAGCUGGAAAAGCAACUACAUAGCCUUCGGACUACACGAGCAUCAGCCAGCCCGUCGUACGAUACAGGAACGAAAGACGCAGAUAUGGACUGGGCGGCGGCUAAGGGAGUGAACGGGGCAGGUCUGCGAGAGUUUAAGCUUGGACGUAGCAGGUCCACGCCAUCGACUCAGGGCAGCCUGCAUAACAAGCGCAUCUCGUCGCUGCCACAGCCAAGCGAAAUAUUGAACGAAUCACCACCGAGCGAGCAUGAGGCCUUGCUACUGGAGCUAGUGCAGGCGAAGACGGCUGAGGCGACAGCGAAGCAGGAGGCGGAAGAGGCGAAACAGAAGUUGGAGGCGCUUCGCAAAGCAACGGGCCUUGCGCCUGGCGACUCCCCGUCGGCAUCAUCGGUAGCGGCGGGAGCCAUGGGCAUGUUCGGGCGGCUGACUGGACAAGCUCCCGCAGCGGCACCAACAACGGAAGCACCUGGAAAACCAACACCUUCAACUUCGGCCAGCUCGGCGGUUGGCGGAGGAUUUUGGGGAUGGAGGAGGUAG